AUGUCGAACCAAUUAGUUCAGUCAGAGACUGAGCACCACAAAGCUCAAAGCCAAAUCCAAACUUUUCAACGCCAGGCCAUGUUAGCCCUCGAGAAAAACCAAUACAAACAAAGGGUUGGCAGAAUCGAGGCUGAACACCUCCGAAAUAUUACCUUUAUGGAGGAGCUCAGAAUCAGGAAGGUCAAGAAGAAGAAAUUGCCAGACUCGAAACUAGCUACAAAGAAGCAAUGGACAGCUGGGAAGAGGAACAGAAAACCGCUUAUACCUGGAAUGAUCUUCUCUUGA